UCCUUAAAAGAGUUGGGACUUUCAAGGGACAUGUUCUAUGAUUCUAUCCCCACUCUUAACUGUUCCUUAAUUCUCUUUUCCUCUCUUUGCACGUAAAUAGUUUACACUUUACAGCCUCGUUUUGGAAACUUUCAUCCGUUCGGUUCGUUGUCACUAUCAGACAGACUUUCAGUUCUAGAUCAUCGAAGAUUCAGCUUCUUUUCUCUUUUCUUGUCUACUUCCAACUGAAACUUUCAAUGUAUACUUCCAGGAAACUAGCACAUUACAGUCUGCAAUAUCAUAAGUCUUUCAUUCGGGAUGAUUUUGCCAAAAGGGAGAGAAGUGAACAAGAAAUGAAUAAAGGCACGUUCGAUUUCCCUGUUUAUUUUUGGAAAACCGGUCGAGAAUAUGGAAGGUAAUGGAAACUGAAGCAGCUUAAAUGAUAAGGGAACCAUAAUGGCAGAAACAGGAGAGCACAUGCUAAUUUGCUCUGAAAUGGAGAAUAUAUUCAUGUUGGAACCUUAAGCUAGUGUAAGAAAGGAAGCUAGACUGGCACAUCUUAUCUUUCUCUCUACUUUCUCUCAGUUAAUAAUUGUUUUUUGAUACAAGUUGCUCCGUAUAUAAUCUCUGUUGUCAGUCAAUAAAGUGGAGUUUGAGAAUAGCAUAGAUUUCCCAGCUACACAGUCAGACUUACAGAGUUUUUCUCUGGCUCAAAUUGCAAGCACGGUCUAAUCUGAGACUUAAGAGUCUAUUUUCACAAGCAUAGGACAUCCAAUGCCUCUUGGUCAAGAUGUUCAGACAUUUAGAGUCUUUGUAGCAACAUGGAAUGUAGGUGGGAAAUCUCCCCACAGUGGACUUAACCUGAACGAUAUUCUUCAUGCAGAUCAAUCAGAUAUAUAUAUCUUGGGUUUUCAGGAAAUUGUCCCUUUAAAUGCUGGGAAUGUCCUAGUCGUAGAAGAUAAUGAGCCUGCAGCAAAAUGGUUAGCUUUGAUCAAUCAGUCACUAAACAAAUCAUAUGAGGUGGCAUUGAGACCAUUAAAUCCCGUGGCCUCCCCUGGUGGUUCCUUGUUCUUCUCAAAAUAUUCCCUUAAAAAGCUUAGCAAGACUUUUAGGACGGAGAGCAGGAGGAGGCUGAAGACUUGCAACUGUACACCUGAUGUAGAAAGGAAGCAGCGUAAGGAUUUCUGUUUCCGUUACCAACAAUCACAUAUAAGCAAAGAUGACAUUUCCUUAGAAGAGGAUUAUGAUGUACCUAAUGGAAUUGACAUUGCGAAAUUCUCCAUUCCCUCGAGUACCAACCACAAGAACUACAGUCUAAUAGCCAGUAAGCAAAUGGUGGGAAUUUUUCUGACUGUUUGGGUGAGGAAGGAGCUUGUUCAGCAUAUAGGCCACUUGAGGAUCUCCUACUUUUGUCGUGGAAUUAUGGGCCUGGGAAACAAGGGGUGUAUUUCUCUCAGUAUGCUAUUCCAUCAGACAAGCUUUUGCCUUGUUUGCUGUCACUUGGCAUCUGGAGAGAAGGAGGGGGAUGAGCUUAGAAGAAAUAUGGAUGUCAUUGAGAUACUGAAAAAUACUCAGUUUCCAAAGAUUUGCAAAUCGGCUCACAGUAGGGUGCCAGAUAAAAUCGUUGAACAUGAUCGGGUCAUUUGGUUAGGGGACUUGAAUUACCGAAUAGCAUUGAGCUACUCUGACACAAGAAAGCUCCUGGAGGAGAAUGCCUGGGAUGCACUUCUUAACAAAGAUCAGCUGAGAAUUGAAAGAGAAGCAGGGCGAGUAUUCAAGGGAUGGAAAGAGGGUAAGAUCUACUUUGCACCCACAUACAAGUACUCCUACAACUCAGACACCUAUGCUGGAGAGACAAAAAAUUCAGAAAAGAAGAGGAGAACUCCUGCUUGGUGUGACAGAAUACUGUGGCAUGGAACUGGGAUACGGCAACUUUCUUACAUACGUAGAGAGUCCAGGUUUUCUGAUCACCGGCCUGUUUGUGCAACAUUUUUGGUGGAUGUUGUUGUAUCAGGUGGAUUAAAGAAGGGAUCAGCAGGGUCUCAAAUGAAAGUUGGGAUUCAUUAUGACAUUGAUAGUUUCAAUUGCCCAAGCGAGGAUUCAUCCAUCUUCCUUAUCUUCAACAUUGCCUUCACCCUCUCAAGAUCUUGUACAUUCCCACACGGACAGGAAAACCCGGGGUACAACCCGGCCAACGGUUGCUAGUCUUCGAAGAAUACCUCGCAGUGGUCCUAAUCCCACUCAGAACAAGUGGCCCAGGUCAAAGCCUCGGAUAACCGGCUGAAGAUUUGCAGUCUCUUGAACCUUCAAGGCUUAUAUAUCAGGCUGCAAGAUGCACUUGAUUUUUCUGAGAGUUAGAAGAAUAAUGCAAAAUGGCAUAGUCUUCAAAAUCUAACAGCUAUUGAUGCUUUGACGAUACAGUUUUUUCACAGAAGCACUGCAUUUAGGUACGCUAGCUUAUUGUACUCGAAAAGUUUUUGAAUGAUAUCUUGUAUUCUUAGUUUUGGAUGGAUUUAAAUAGCUCACUUUACAAAAGCCAGAGGUUUUGAAUUUUAUCAAUUCUCUUUACGGCCUCAG